GGGGGGGAAAGGUUCUUUUCUUCACCGGCUACCGGAUUGGCAGGUGACGUUUCCUUCGCGAGUUAACACUCUCCUUUUUCGUCAUUAGCUUCCAAGAAAUGGAAUAAACUGGAGGUUAAUUACGUCUAGAGCAAGAAAAUUCGAGCUAAGGUUUCCUCCAGGAAAACGAACAAGUUUAGGCUGUACGAAGAACCCUAAUUUGUGAUUUUGGGGAUCCGUUAAUUAGGGUUUCUGAGGGGAGUUUAGUUCCUCAGAAAACCUUUUUCUUUUUCUUGCCCGCAACUGGAGGUGUUCACAUGGCUAGUGUUGUUGGCAAAGAUGGUCCUGAGUGGAUAGAGAGAGUAAAAUCAGAGGGUGCUGUUCCUCUACUUGAACCAGAUAAUUGUUCAAAUGGUUGGGCCACCCCUUCUGGAGAUAAAUUCAUGGUUAGAGGGCCUGAGUACCUGUCAACCAAGGUUAAAAUCCCUGGCGGUGAAUAUCUUCUAAAGCCUCUUGGAUUUGACUGGAUUAAAGGCCCCACAAAGCUUGGGGAGAUUCUAAACGAUCCAAACAGCCGUGUUAGGAAGGUUAUUGAUGAGUUCCCUUCAGGUGAUAAGCCUUUUGUCUGGGCUUUCAAUCUUCAGGUCCCGCAUAAGGAUAAUUAUAGUGCUGUAGCUUAUUUCAUAGCAACAGAGCCAAUUCCAGAAGGGUCUUUGAUGGAUCGAUUUUUGAAAGGAGAUGAUGCAUUUAGAAAGUCAAGGCUCAAAUUGAUCGCCAACAUUGUGAAAGGCCCUUGGAUUGUGAGAAAAGCAGUUGGAGAGCAGGCUAUAUGCAUAAUUGGCCGUGCCCUUUCAUGUAAAUAUAUCAUAGGGGAAAAUUUCAUUGAAGUUGAUGUGGAUAUUGGUUCUUCUGUUGUUGCUAGUGCAAUAGUCCAUCUGGCAUUUGGUUACAUCACAACACUGACAGUUGACUUGGCUUUUCUUAUUGAGAGCCAAACAGAACAAGAGCUUCCUGAACGACUCUUAGGAGCUGUGAGGUUUUCUGAUUUGAGCCCUGAUUCAGCUUGGCCCAUUGAAUCAUCAUCUGAUGCAAGUACCGCUGGUUCGGCCUCUCUGCCUGCACGCUGGUGGAAAUCAAUUGGACAUGGGUUUUCUAGUCUUCUCCUUCAGGGUGCACAUGAAAGUGGUUCUACCACUGGGUCUUCCCAUGUUAAUGGAAUUUCUGACCAUGGAGAUGGUGACGAAGAUGUGAAAAAAUGCACGGAGAUUGCUACAAAGUUUAUGACUGCUAGACACCCUUCAACUUCUAGGUGAAUAAGCAGUUGUUUUGGAGAACUUAACUGUAUACCCUGUAUCUACUUCAUAACUCGCUAGUCUUCUUUUUAGGUUCAUCUCAAUGUUUCAUUUUGAAAAAAGCAAAAUGAUGCAGCUUCAUUACCCACAACUCGCUCUGCAGAUG